AUGAAGUUAUCUACUUUUUAUAUCAAUAAGAAACAUAUUUAUAGCAGUCAGGUCUCAGAUAUAUAUCAAGCAGAAGAUAUAAAUAACAACAGCCAAAAAGUAUGUCUUAAAAUAGUUGAUGUUGAUUUCAGUCUACCACCUCAUUCAAUCAAACAAGAAAUCCAAUUAUUAAAGAAACUCCAGCAUCCUCAUAUAAUCAACUAUAUCAAUGAUCUUAAAAUAGAUGAUGAUAUAAUCUUAGUCACCACAUUAUAUCAAUAUAAUUUAAAAGAAUUAUUAUUAUGCUCAUCGAAAUAUUCCCGUAAGACCACCAAAUAUGAUUUCAAUAAUCCUGGUUAUCUUACAUAUGUUCAUAGAAACAUCCUCCUGGAAUCAGAUUCAAUCGAAUGGUUUAAAGCAAUGAUAUCUGGGUUGAAGUAUAUUCAUUCUCAAGGAAUAAUUCAUCGAGAUAUAAAACCGACAAAUAUCUUAUUCAUGACUGAUGAUAUAACCAAACCAAUUAUAGGAGAUUUUGGGAUUAGUUAUGAUACGAAAUUGUCAGUUCGAGACAAUGAACCAAUUGAUAAGAAAUAUAUAGAUGUAUGUACUGGAAUAUUCAAACCUCCGGAAUUAAUCUUAGGGAUAACUAAUUAUUCAUAUGAGAUUGAUAUUUGGUCAUUGGCAAUUGUGAUGACUAUUUUAUAUUCACCAAAUUUUGAAUCAAUUUUAACUAAAGAAGAUAAAGAAUUACAUGAAGAGGAGGAACAAGAUAAACAGUUUAAGAGUUCAUUUUAUGAAGUUUAUAUAAGUGAUUUACAUUUAUUAAGUAAUAUUUUUAAAACAUUAGGGACACCAAAUUUUACUAAUCCUGAAGAUGAAUAUUUAUAUUGGCCAGAAUUAGGGAAUGAUGAAUUACAUUUUAAGAAAUUUAAUGUUGUUAAUUAUCCAAGAUUAUCAAUUGAUGAUGACAUAUUACCAAGAUGUACUAAUGAAGGAAUUAAGAAGUUAUUUAAUAAAAUGAUUAAAUAUAAUAGAAAUACAAGAAUUACCAGUAAUGAACUUGAUAUAGAAUUACGUCAUCUUUCUUAA